AUGAGUAUCUCCAGAGAAGCAACCAUGCAAGAUCCAGCAUCCGCAGAAGUCGAUGAAAUCACCGAUAUUCUCAGCGGUAUGAAAGUCAAAGACACGGGUGUAGAAAACCAGGUUGAGAUGAUGGAAAUCAUCUUCGAUGUCGAAGAUAUCGAAGACGUCGAAAUGACAGAGCAUGUCUCUAAUGGAGACUCAAGUGAGUCGCCUCGUUUCGAAGACAUCGAAGACAUCGAAAUGACAGAGCAUGCCUCUGAUGGGGACUCAAGUGAGUCGCCUCGUUUCGUUCCCAUGCUUGGUAUUUGGACGAGCAGCCGAAUCAUGUUCUUUCCUGGAAUCCUUUUUCUCGAGUGA